AUGGGGCUCUCGACGAUCCUCACAGCCUCCGUCUUGGCCUUGCGCCUCUUCUCUCCCCCGUCCGCCGCGUCGCCCACUCCCCAGGACGAUGCUGCGCCCGCCUCGGCUGUCUCAUCGCCUGCGCCCGCCGACUCGCCCGCUCCCACGAAUCCCUACGACUCCAUUGGCGAAACCGCCACCUCGGGCUGGUGGAUGUCUAGCAUCAAGCGCCAAGGAAAGCCUGCCUUCAACCAAGCCGACUACAAAGUCUUCCGCAACGUCAAGGACUAUGGCGCCAGGGGCGACGGUAGCAGCGACGACACCGAUGCCAUCAACAGGGCCAUUACCGAGGGCAACCGCUGCGGCCAGAAAUGCGACUCCCAAACCACCACGCCCGCCAUCGUCUACUUCCCUCCCGGCACCUACCUCGUCUCCAAGCCCAUCGUUCCCUACUACUAUACCCAGCUUAUCGGUGAUGCUGUUGGAAUGCCCACCAUCAAGGCCAAGCAGGGCUUCGUGGGCAUCGCCGUCAUCGACUCGGACCCCUACGACCCCAACGGCGUCAACUGGUGGACCAACCAGAACAACUUCUUCCGCCAGGUCCGCAACUUUAGGAUCGACCUCACCGGCCUGCCCAAGAACACAGGCACCGGCAUCCACUGGCAGGUCGCGCAGGCCACCUCGCUCCAGAACAUCGUCUUCGACAUGGUCAAGGAUAAGAGCGAGGACAACAAGCAGCAGGGCAUCUUCAUGGACAAUGGUUCCGGAGGCUUCAUGACGGACCUCGUCUUCAACGGCGGACGCUAUGGCGCCUUUCUCGGCAACCAGCAGUUCACCACGCGCAACCUCACCUUCAACGACUGCAACACGGCCAUCUACAUGAACUGGAACUGGGUCUGGACCUUUCACGGCCUCUCCAUUAACAACUGCGGCGUGGGCAUCGACAUGACACAGGGUGGCGCCGUUCAGACCGUUGGCUCCAUACUAGUACUCGACAGUACCUUUUCCAACACUCCAGUUGGUGUUGCUACCGUGUACAACCCACAGCAGUCGGGAACCAACGGCACUCUUGUCCUUGACAACGUCGACAUGACCUCAAAUGUCCCCGUCGCAGUCCAGCUUGGCGGCCAAGACAAGAGGACGGUCCUGCAAGGCAACACGCUCGUCAGCUCGUGGGCUCAGGGACGCUCCUACGAGGGCGCCAACGGCAAGGCGGGGCAAGGGCCGCGGGAGCCCGUCACGAAGCCCGAUGCUCUCGUGGACCAGAGCGGCAGGAUCGCCACCAAGAGCAAGCCUCAGUACAACAACGUGCCCGCCUCCAAGUUCGUGUCUGUCAAGUCCAAGGGCGCCAAGGGCGACGGCAAAACCGACGAUACCAACGCCAUCCGCAAUAUUUUCCAGCAGGCCCGCCCCGACGACAUCAUCUACUUUGACCACGGCGCCUACAUCAUCACCGACACGGUCCAGGUGCCCAAGGACAUCAAGGUGGUGGGUGAGAUUUGGCCGCUCAUCAUGGCGGCCGGCGACAAGUUCAAGGACCAGGACAACCCCAAGCCCGUCUUCCAGGUCGGGCAGCCGGGCGACGUCGGCAAUGUCGAGAUGCAGGAUCUCAUGUUUGAGACGCAGGGCCCUCAACCUGGUGCAAUUCUCAUGGAGUUCAACGUUGCCGGAAAGACGCAGGCCUCGGCAGGGCUCUUUGACGUGCACUUUCGCGUUGGCGGCUCCGCCGGCACCCAGUUGCAGAUGGACAAGUGCGUCAAGAACCCGUCCGUCCAGGCGGACCCCAACCCCCAGUGUAUCGGCGCCUUCAUGCUGCUGCACAUUACGUCGUCCGCCAGCCCCUAUCUCGAGAACGUCUGGAUGUGGGUGGCCGACCACGAGCUCGACAUCCCCCCCUACACGCAAGUCAACAUCUACAACGGCCGCGGGGUAUUGAUUGAGAGCACAAAGGGCGCUUGGCUGUGGGGCACUUCGUCUGAGCACAACGUCUUGUCCAACUACCAGCUUCACAAGGCCCAGAACGUCUUCAUGGGCCUGAUCCAGAGCGAGACGGCCUACUUCCAGCCCAACCCGGACGCCACCAAGCCCUUCAAGUCGAACCCCAAGUAUGCCGACCCCGACUUUUCCAAGUGCACCGGCCCCAAGUGCGCGCGCACCUGGGGCUUGCGCAUCAAUGAUUCCAAGGACGUGCUGCUCUACGGCGGCGGCCUCUACAGCUUCUUCGACAACUAUGGCCAGGUCUGCGUGGGGCAGAACAACUGCCAGGACAACAUGAUUGCCAUCGACAACUCCCAGGUCGAGCUCUUCGGCGUCAGCACAAAAGCCAGCAUCGCCAUGGUGACUUUGGAUGGGCAGCCCGCUGCCAAAGAUUCGGACAACCGCAACAACUUUUGCGCGGCCAUUGCAGCCUUUGAGACGUCGUAG